GUCGUCCAACGGGAGUCAAUCGUUAUCCAUGGAUAGCAAGGAUUGUAUAUGACGGGCAUUAUCAUUGUGGAGGUUCCUUAUUAACAGAAGAAUACGUUUUAACAGCUGCCCAUUGCAUGAGGAAGUUGAAAAAGUCCAAAAUAAGAGUUGUUCUGGGAGACCACGACGUAUCCACAACUGCAGAAGUUCCAGCGAUGAUGAGAGCUGUCGCCGCCAUUAUUAGGCACAAAAGUUUCGACAGUGAUACAUUCAAUCAUGACAUAGCUCUUUUAAAACUGAGGAAACCAGUCCAGUUCACCAAGCAGAUCAGGCCGAUUUGUCUACCUAAAACUCGUGAGCCUGCCGGUAGAAUAGGCACAGUAAUUGGAUGGGGUCGGACAUCAGAAGGUGGAAUGUUACCAAAUAUUAUUCAGGAAGUUGAUGUUCCAAUACUCACUCAAGAUCAAUGUAAAGCUAUGAAAUAUAGAGCAUCUAGAAUAACGAGUUACAUGAUAUGUGCAGGAAAAGGAACACAAGAUUCUUGCCAGGGUGAUAGUGGUGGCCCACUUCUAAUCCAUGACGGAGAUAAGUACGAAAUUGCAGGUAUCGUGUCCUGGGGAGUGGGAUGCGGUAGACCGGGAUAUCCAGGAGUAUAUACAAGAGCAUUCAAAUACGUUAAUUGGCUGCAUCGAGUUUUGGAAGACAGUUGUUUUUUACUGAAAUUUGUCAAAAAAAAUCCAGAUGAGAGUCCAACAUAUGUAUUUUUAAGGACAUAUUAUACCCCAGAGCUAAGUAGGUACCCGCGGCAACUUACGUCCGGUCUUCUGGGUGAAACAGUUGAAGAGCAGUCAUUCACGAUAUAUAAAUUAUUAUUCGAAGAUAGAUCGCGAGGCACAUUAGAAGUCAUGGCUAACUAUGUGAGAAUUAUCAGUGUCUUGGUUUUGUGUUGUUGGGUGACUGUUGCAGAACAACAAACUGGACGUGUAGCGUCAAAUACAAACCCGUUUUCAAAAUUAUUCAGCUCCACUUUUGGAAAUGCCUUAAAUCGGCCACCCCCUAGACACGAUACGCCUUCAUCCCCAUGUCAAUGUACUUGUGGAGAAAAAAAUGAAGAUAGUCGGAUAAUUGGCGGAAGACCGACCAAUGAAAAUGAGUUUCCCUGGAUGGCAAGAUUAUCAUAUUUCAAUAGAUUCUACUGUGGUGGAAUGCUUAUCAACGACAGAUACGUUUUAACGGCAGCUCAUUGUGUGAAGGGGUUUGUUUUAAGGUUUAUGUGGUUCAUGAUAAAAGUCAGUUUCGGUGAACACGAUAGAUGUAAUGACAAUAAGAAACCCGAAUCAAGAUUUGUUCUUCGAGCCAUUGCUGGAGAUUUCAGUUUUCUUCAUUUCGACAACGAUAUAGCUUUGUUGAGAUUGAAUGACCGAGUACCAAUAACACAGUUCAUAAAACCAAUUUGUUUACCAAAGAAAAAAGAUAAUGAUUAUGUUGGUAGUAUUGCAAUAGCAUCAGGUUGGGGAACUUUAAGAGAAGAUGGUAAGCCAACCUGCAUCCUUCAAAAAGUCGAAGUACCAGUGAUUUCAAACGAAGACUGUAGAAAGACCAAUUAUUCUGCAAACAUGAUAUCGGAUAAUAUGAUGUGUGCUGGAUAUCCGAAAGUUGGACAAAAAGAUUCCUGCCAGGGUGACAGUGGAGGCCCAUUGAUAACAAAAAAAGCUGACUCAAGAUAUGAACUUAUAGGAAUUGUUUCGUGGGGAAAUGGAUGCGCCCGACCCGGUUACCCAGGAGUUUAUACCAGACUCACAAGGUAUUUAGAUUGGAUUUUGGAAAAUUCACAAGAUGGGUGUUUCUGUCAAGACUGAACUGAAUAAAUAAGAUUUUAAUCAUUAUAAAAGACUAUACAUUCUUAAAAAUAAAUGCACAAUAAUGUAUUUUAUUUAUAA